GUCCUCACAAACUUCUUCACAUAACAAACUCAUCAAACUUCCUCAGCGUUUCUUUUUCUUACAUAAACAAUUUUUCUUACAUAAACAAAUCUUGUUGUUUGUUGUUGUCAUGGCACCGACAGUUAAAACGGCGGCCGUCAAAACCAACGAAGGUAACGGAGUCCGUUACAGAGGAGUGAGGAAGAGACCAUGGGGACGUUACGCAGCCGAGAUCAGAGAUCCUUUCAAGAAGUCACGUGUCUGGCUCGGUACUUUCGACACUCCUGAAGAAGCCGCUCGUGCCUACGACAAACGUGCUAUUGAGUUUCGUGGAGCUAAAGCCAAAACCAACUUCCCUUGUUACAACAUCAACGCCCACUGCUUGAGUUUGACACAGAGCCUGAGCCAGAGCAGCACCGUGGAAUCAUCGUUUCCUAAUCUCAACCUCGGAUCUGACUCUGUUAGUUCGAGAUUCCCUUUUCCUAAGAUUCAGGUUAAGGCUGGGAUGAUGGUGUUCGAUGAAAGGAGUGAAUCGGAUUCUUCGUCGGUGGUGAUGGAUGUCGUUAGAUAUGAAGGACGACGUGUGGUUUUGGACUUGGAUCUUAAUUUCCCUCCUCCACCUGAGAACUGAUUAAGAUUUAAUUAUGAUUAUUAGAUAUAAUUAAAUGUUUCUGAAUUGAGUAUUAUUUGAUCAUCAUCUAAGUAGAAGCUUUAAGUUUAAGUGGUGCCAAUAAUUUUUUUUUUUUUUUUUGGUCAUCAGCAGAUAGUUUUAAAGAAUUUUUUAGUGUUGAGAUCGUGUUUCGUUCAGAUCUGCUGAUGUUCUUUUAAAUAUCAUUAAUGAUAAUCCUGAUCAACUAAAAUGAUACUUUGUUUUGGUAUUAAUCUCUCUGAUGAACAUAUAAGGUUGUUGAUCUUAUGUUUUUUACCUAUAUCCAAUUGGAUUUGAGGAAAUAGUAGGAUUCUUAAUUAUUUUUUUAAUAAACAAAUAUAAUGGAGAUAAUACUUUAUUCAGGAUAAUGAGAUUAUUGGUCAAAUAUAAAAUUUGCUGUUUUGAACAAAAGCAAUAAUAAGUUAUCUUGCUCGAAUCAAGGAACACAAGCUAGGACAAGAAGCUCUAACUUUUCUUUGUAAAAUUGUUAAACAUAACGGCAUUAGUUGUAAGAACGCUAAUUUUUUUUUUUUUUUUAAUUUAUAUAUAUAUAUAUAUU